AGCCUCUCCAAGAUGAAGCUUCCAGGCCAGGAGGAGUUUGAUGUCUCCAGUGUUCAAGAAAAUGUGCCCAUGGGAGAGCUGGAUGGCAGCACUGGCUCUGGCCUCAGCCCUGAUGCCCCCUCAGCCACUGGCAGCAGGGAACAGGGGGUACCCAAAGAUCCCCUGCUCUUCAUUCAGCUGAAUGAGCUGCUGGGUUGGCCUCAGACACCAGAGUGGAAACAGACAGGCAGAUGGGUACUGUUUGAAGAGAAAGUAGAGGUGGGUUCAGGCCGAUGGAGUGCUCCCCACGUUCCCACCCUGGCACUGCCCAGCCUCCAGAAGCUUCGCAGUCUGUUGACCAAUGGCCUUGUACUGCUCGACUGUCCAGCUCGGAGCCUCCUGGAGCUUGUGGAGCAGGUGACCAGAGUGGAGUGGCUGAGUCCAGAGCUGAGAGGGCAGCUGCAGGCCUUGUUGCUACAGAGACCCCAGCAUGUCAUCCAGGCCCCAGGCCCCAGGACCUGUUGCGGGUCUGCCCAGCACAAAGAGGCUUCUCACGACAAUGACGUGGACGAGGGAGCUUCCCUGAAGGAGCAGUGUCGGAACCCUCUGCGACAGAAGCUGCCCCGGGGGGCUGAAGCAGGUGUUGUGCUGGCAGGAGAGCUGGGCUUCCUGGCACAGCCACUGGGGGCCUUUGUGAGACUUCAGGAGCCAGUGGUGCUGGGAGCCCUCACUGAGGUGCCCCUCCCGAGCAGGUUUUUCUGUCUCCUCCUGGGCCCCGCAACACUAGAAAGGGGAUACCAUGAAAUGGGCCGGGCAACAGCUGUCCUCCUGAGCGACCUGCAAUUCCAGUGGUCAGCUCGUCGGGCCAGCACCCUUCAUGACCUUCUGGCAGCCCUGGAUGCCUUCCUAGAGGAGGUGACAGUGCUGCCUCCAGGUCGAUGGGACCCGACAGCUCGGAUUCCCCCGCCUAAAUGUCUGCCCACUCAGCAUAAAAGGCUCCCUUCGCGGGGGUUCAAGGGCAACUCUGGCCGGCGUGGGGCUCUGGCUGAGGGCAGGCACGACCAUGGGCCUCAAGCACCCAGCCCAGAGCUGCAGAGGACCGGCAGGCUCUUUGGGGGUCUCAUCCAGGAUGUACGCCGGAAGGCCUCGUGGUACCCCAGUGACUUCUUGGAUGCCCUGCACCCCCAGUGCUUCUCAACUGUGAUCUACAUUUACCUGGCCACCGUGACUAACGCCAUCACCUUUGGAGGGCUGCUGGGAGAAGCCACAGACGGUGCUCAGGGGGUGCUGGAAAGUUUCCUGGGCACAGCAGUGGCUGGAGCUGCCUUCUGCCUGAUGGCGGGCCAGCCCCUCACCAUCCUCAGUAGCACGGGACCAGUGCUUGUCUUUGAACGCCUGCUCUUCUCCUUCAGCAAAGAUUACAGCCUGGACUACCUGCCCUUCCGCCUCUGGGUGGGCAUCUGGGUAGCUACCUUUUGCCUGACACUGGUGGCCACAGAGGCCAGCGUGCUGGUGCGUUAUUUCACCCGCUUCACGGAGGAAGGCUUCUGUGCCCUCAUCAGUCUCAUCUUCAUCUAUGAUGCUGUGGGCAAAAUGCUCAGCUUGACCUGGGCCUACCCCAUCCAGAGGUCUACAUCCCUCGCCUAUGGCUGCCUCUGCCAGUACCCAGACCCGGGAGGAAAUGAGUCUCAGUGGAUAAGGCCAAUGCCAAAAGACACAGAUGACACCUUCAGCAUGGACCUAGGUCUGGUCAACGUAUCCUUGCUGCCCCCAUCUGAGUGUGCCCGGCGGGGCGGAUUCCCUCGCGGGCCCGGCUGUCAUGCUGUCCCAGACAUCGCCUUCUUCUCCCUGCUGCUCUUCCUUGCCUCUUUCCUCUUUGCCAUGGCCCUCAAGCAAGUAAGGACCAGCCGCUUCUUCCCUUCCAUGGUGCGCAAGGGACUCAGCGACUUCUCCUCAGUCCUGGCCAUUCUGCUGGGCUGUGGCCUCGAUGCUUUCCUGGGCUUGGCCACGCCGAAGCUCAUGGUCCCCAGAGAGUUCAAGCCCACUCUCCCUGGGCGUGGCUGGCUGGUGUCACCUUUCGGAGCCAACCCCUGGUGGCUGAGUGUGGCAGCCGCCCUGCCGGCUCUGCUGCUGUCCAUCCUCAUCUUCAUGGACCAGCAGAUCACAGCGGUCAUUCUCAACCGCCCCGAGUACAGGCUUCAGAAGGGAGCUGGCUUCCACCUGGACCUCUUCUGCGUCGCUGUGCUGUUGCUGCUGACAUCAGCGCUUGGGCUGCCCUGGUAUGUCUCAGCCACCGUCAUCUCCCUGGCCCACAUGGACAGUCUUCGGAAGGAGAGCAGAGCCUGUGCCCCAGGGGAGCCCCCCAGCUUUCUGGGCAUCAGGGAGCAGAGGCUGACGGGACUGGUGGUGUUCGUUCUCACAGGCGUCUCGGUCUUCCUGGCACCAGUGCUCAAGUUCAUCCCGAUGCCUGUGCUCUACGGCAUCUUCCUUUACAUGGGGGUGGCAGCAAUUAGCAGCAUCCAGUUCACAAAGAGGGUGCAGCUAUUACUGAUGCCAGCCAAACACCAGCCAGAUCUCCUGUUCUUGCGGCAUGUGCCUCUGGGCAGGGUCCACCUCUUCACAGCCAUCCAGCUUGCCUGCCUGGGGCUGCUUUGGAUAAUCAAGUCUACCCCUGCAGCCAUCAUCUUCCCCCUCAUGUUGCUGGGCCUCAUGGGAGUUCGAAAGGCACUGGAGUGGGUCUUCUCACCACAGGAACUUCUCUGGCUGGAUGAACUGAUGCCAGAGGAGAGGACCAUCCCCGAAAAGGGGCUGGAGCCAGAGAACUCAUUCAGCGGAAGUGACAGUGAAGAUUCAGAGCUGAUGUAUCAACCAAAGGCUCCGGAAAUCAACAUCUCUGUGAAUUAG